CAUAUGAUAACAGGUUCUAAAAAAUGCUAAAAACACACACAGAUACCCAGUAAAUGCAUGUAUGUAUAUGUAAACCGGCAAACCUCUUCCGCCGUUGAGCUACUCUCUCUUCAAUGAAAAACCAAAACAAAGAGCGUUUCUGAGGACUAGGCGAAAGCAGCCCCAUUGUGGUUGUUUGUGGCGCCACUCAUUUCUAAAAGCAUUUCAUAGUGCAUACAAACACAUGCACACACCCAAAUAGUGAAUUUUGCAAUUAUACAAUUUCAUUGUUAUUGGUGGGCAAGGAGAAUUCGCUUCGAUUCACUCUUUCAUAGCGUAUUUAAUUAAAUAUAUUUUUUUAUUAGUAUUAUUAUUAGAAUGCCGCUUUAGGUAAUUCUUCAUCAGACGGCCAACGAAGAGCCUGGGUGAAUAAUAAUCUGGGUGUUGCGGAAGAGUGAAAAAUGUUGACAUCGGCAUAGAAUGAAAUCAGCAAGAUAACGAGAAAAUAUACUAAUAACAAUUAUGACACAAUAGAUUUUGUGCAAGGUGUUUCCUUUUUGGUUCAUACUAAAUUUUACUCAAAUAAUAACGCAGAACUUUGUAAAGAUAUAAGAAGGAACCUAUACAUACAUAAAUACAAACAUUUGCCAUAUUAGUAAAAUUUAUUUAUUAUUAAUUUCGAGUAAGUGAAAAUAAAAGUGAUAAUGGAAGCUAUUUCCAACUACUUUGCGAAAGGUUGGGCGCUGGUUAUAGCCGAUUUGCUAAGCCUGAUAACAGUAUCAUCCUGUCUGGUUAUUAAGGUGCCACAAAUCAAUACCAUACGGGCAAAUAAGUCGUCGCAAGGAAUUAGCGUAAUUGGUCUAUGCCUAGAACUUUUCAGCUACACUGUGAUGAUAUCAUAUAACUAUAGCAGUAGCUAUGAAUUUCUCUCGUAUAUGGAAUACCCUAUACUGCUCUUGCAAGAAUACGUGCUCAUUUACUAUACGUUCUUUUAUCAAGAUUUGUUGGGCGCCCGCACGCAACUAGUAGCGGUUUUGUAUGCCAUCGUGGCAACGCUGAUAUAUUUUAAGCUUUUCCCGCUCAUAAUACUCACGUUUUUAGUGCCAUUUUGUACACCAAUCGGCGCCACAAGUAAAGUAUUACAGUUGAUAGAGAUUUUACGCUCAAAAGAUGCUUCUUCUGUUAGUCGAACAACUUGGGCAUUAUCAGCAUUCACCAACAUGACUCGAAUUUAUACGGUUUAUGUGCAAUCAAACGACUCCAUGCUGCUUAGCAAUUUCUUAAUAUCUACCUUCCUAAGUUCAUCGGUGUUUGUCGCAGCAUGCGUUUACAGGAAGAAAGCCAAGUCAGAUUAAAAGGAAAAAUAUUAAAAAAAAAAAACGACUGGAAAAUGUGUCUUUUUUCCCCACAAUUAUAAUUACAAUGCCAAUUUUUAAACUUUUCGGUUACAAAAUGUUCGGUAACGUUAAGAAUAGGCCUGCAAAUAUCCAUAAAGGAAGAAAUCCUAAAAAUCAUAUUGAGAUUCAGUAAAAAUUAUUUAUUAUAGUACGACUUUUACUUUGUUUACCGUUACAUACAAAAAUUAACUAUUGUAUAAAAUAACGAAGGAAGCAGACACGUGUUUGGUUUUUAAUUAAUAAUUCAUUUAAAGGAAUGGGUAAAGCAGAAAAAAUGUAUUAAAACUUCAGAGAUUUAUUAUUUAUGUUUUGUAAUAA